UUGUCUUUUAUUGAUUCACAGAAGGUAAUAUAAGGGCAAAACAUUUGAGGAUCGGCAACAUCUUUCAACAACUAAAUUCGAUAAGAAGGAAAUAACAUCAGGUCGAGGUAGCGGUAUAACAUCUUCCACCGGCCCGAACACCAUGGCUGAAGCGGAGCAACAACAAGUGCCAGAACAACCAAAAGUUCCUGUUAAACAGAAGGAAGUUAUCGCAAGUAAAGUAACUGGUACAGUAAAAUGGUUCAACGUUAAAAGCGGUUAUGGAUUUAUUAACCGAAAUGACACCAAAGAAGACGUAUUUGUCCACCAAUCGGCCAUCAUAAAGAACAAUCCGAAAAAAGCUGUCCGCUCUGUAGGCGAUGGCGAAAUCGUUGAGUUUAGCGUGGUGAUGGGAGAGAAGGGCAACGAAGCUGCCAAUGUGACCGGCCCUAACGGCGAACCGGUACGCGGCAGUCCCUAUGCGGCCGACCGUAAGCGCGGCUACCGUCAAUGGUACUACCCGCGCGGCGGCAGAGGAGGCCCGCGAGGCCCCAGAAGACCCAGAGACAGUCAAAGCGAAGGAGAAGGUAAAGACGGCGCCGUAUCUGGCGGCGAAGGUGGCCCAGGCGGCCCACCACGUCGCUACAGGCCGAGACGCGGUCGCGGAGGCUACGGAGGCGGCGGCGGCGGUUACUACCGCGCCCCAUACCGUGGACCACCUGGCGGCGGUGACGAUCAGAACGGCGGCGAAGGCGGCGGAGCUCCAAGAGGCCGCGGCGGCGGCGCACCGCGUCGCUUUUUCCGACGCAACUUCAGGGGUGGCAGAGGCGGACCGCAGGGCGGCCGUCGUCCACGCUCUCAAGACAGCCAGGGCCAGGCUGGAGACCAGGCCGGACCGGAGGGACAACGCGGCGGCGGCCAGCGUCCACGCUACCGCAGACGCGGACCCCCGCGUCCCCGUGCCGGCAAUUCCCAGUCAGAAUCGGGAAAUAACACCAAGGCUCCUGAAUCUACUGCACCUGCAAAGACUGAAGAGAGUCAGCCUGUGCAGAACACAACCACUGAAAGCACGGCUUAAGCAUAUGCUCGAGUCAACCACUUAUAAUACUAUAUACUUAUAAUAACAACAAGAGUUUUCUUAUAUAGCAGACAAAAGGCAUUUCAUGGCGCAUUGUUUUUUAUGAUUAAUAAUGAAUAUCGUAAGUAAUCUAUCGUAAAAUCAUAUCUGCGUGCUGUGAAUAUUUUUAACAACGCAACUAAGUAUAUUACAAAGUUUGGCAUUAAUUUUUCAAAAGGGUUAAGGUAAAUAAAACAUUUUUGAUACUUUUUAUAUUCUCAUGGGUGUUUAUAUAAAAAAUAAUAGGUAAUUUGUAAAGUGUUUGUAUAUUAUAUAUAGAUGCCUGAUUGAAAUCAAUGACAAACUUUUUGUUUUUUUGGACAACUUAAUCGUUUUUGAAAUGUCUUAAGACCUUAUGUCUUGCUGCAAAUGAUUUUUCCUUCAUAACAAUAAAAACCUAAUAAAAUACAAUGUUUACUUUAAAAGCAACCAUACAAGUAACCAAACAAAGUAAAUAUUGUGCCCAAAAAAAUGAUUGCAACAUCUCUAACUUGUCUUUCCAAUUUUUGCAAACAAAGGGAAAGAAAUAAAAGUUUUUCUAAAAAAUACAAAAAAAUCCGUAAAAUAUAAAAAAGGAACAGUUUAUUUCUCUGCUUUCUACUGUUUUGCGCAGUUUGUCCUUGGGGGUUUAUUCUACACAUUUUCAUCACAGGUUUUUAUGAUAAAAAACAUUGUAAAUUGUUGGUUUUUCGGGUGCUAGUCAUUUAAGUAAUUGAUCUAUUGUACUAUUAAACGCAUCAAUAUGAAGAUCAAUAUUGAUGAUUUAAUAUUAUUUUUACAUCUACAUACUCUGUAAUUUUGGAAUGAGUUUUUGUUUUAUUGUAUUUUGUAUUAAUUUUUGUACAAACUGUUGUAAAUGGGAAAUAAAUACAUGUUCUUGCUAAAC